UUGUUUUCUUUCUUUUCGCUUUGAUUGAGGAAAAUGAGUGUGGCAACAUUGCCGCCGGGAUUUCGGUUCCACCCAACUGAUGAGGAACUGGUUGGCUAUUACCUGAAAAGGAAAGUCGAUGGAUUGGAGAUUGAACUUGAAGUGAUUCCUGUCAUUCAUUUCUACAAGUUUGAUCCGUGGGAGCUUCCAGAGAAAUCGUUUCUUCCAAGAAGAGAUAUGGAAUGGUUUUUCUUCUGCGCUCGUGAUAAGAAAUAUCCAAAUGGAUCAAGAACCAAUAGAGCAACAAAGGCAGGAUAUUGGAAAGCCACUGGUAAGGAUAGGAAGAUUGUCUGUCGACAAUAUUCAUCUUCAACUAUGGGAUAUAGAAAGACUCUAGUUUUCUAUUGUGGGCGGGCACCAUUAGGCGAUCGGACAGACUGGAUGAUGCAUGAGUAUCGUCUAUCUGAUCAUGAUACUUUUGCUUUAUGCCGUGUCAUGAAGAAACCAAAUAAUAACAAGAUAAAGAAGAUGAUCCAGACAGGGGACAGUUCAACUUCUUACCAGACAAAUACAAUGCCAAUGAUUGAGAAUGAAAUGUGUUUAAUGGGGACAACAACUAAUUCUGCAACUAGCCUUAAUUUGGUAUCAACAACUGAUGAUCUUAUUCUCGAUUCUUCUUCAAAGGAACAUUUAGAUUACUCAAAUUUGACAGAUGAAGUUAUCUUCGUCGGAGAUUCAAGCCUGAGUCAAUUUGGGUACGUGGGUUCUUAUGGGAAUGACCAUAUUGAAUUCAAUCCAAUGAAUUUUCUAGCAUGA